AUGAAGUCAGUCGUUUUCUCUGCCCUUUUGGCCUCUGCCGUGGCUCUGCCCACCAAUGUUCUUUCUGGGCUCAGUGGAUCCCUCCCAGCAGGACUCCCCGCCUGUCUGCCUUCCGGCAUCAUCCCCUCGGACCUUCCCCUGCCCAUUGCAUCCUUGAUCCCCACCUGCUCCGGCGUACCUUCUGCUUCGUCGUCUUCUGCCGUGGCCAGCCCUACCAGUGCUGUCACCAGCAUGACCAAGAGCGCCGGAGCAGGCCAAGUCUGGAGUGUGCUCAACCAGGCUGGAACCUCCAACAUCAAGAUGAUGGCUGAGUCGGAACUUCAAGGUCUCAUGAGCAAGCUGCCCCUCAGCACCCUCGAGCAGCCUAUUGGUCAAGUCAUCCAGACUGCUCAAUCCGUCGACCAACUCGACAGCAGCACUGGCUCUGGUCUUACCCAAGUUACUGCCCUCCUCGAAAAUGGCAAUGCUGCUCUCAUCGAACUGACCCAGGAUGUGGUCGACCUUCUCUCCAGCCUUGGUCUCGGUCAGGUCGGUAGUCUGCUAGGCUCUAUUGUGGGCGGCCUUGAGUCCGUCACCGGUUAUAUCAAGCGAGAUGAGCCUCUAUCCUCUGCCCUUGACUCCGUCAAGACUUUCACUUCCAACAUUAAGCGUGAAGACCCUCUCGCUGGCCUGUUCUCCGUCACCGACUUGAACAACGUUGCCGGUGGCCAGAGCAUGCUCUUCCAGCUUGAGCCCACUCUUCUUGGUCUCCUUGGUGGCCUUGAGCCAUCAUCCAUUCAGGGUCCCGUUGGAAAUCUCGUCGCUUCUGCACCCUCCCUUUCUGGCCUCCAAUCUCAGAUGCCUAACAUCCCCGGCGCUAGCUUCAUUGUCGUUCAAGCUCAAGAUCAGGCUUCUGUUCUGCUGAUCAAGGUCGAUUCUGCUCUCCAGGACCUUCUUUCCAGUCUUGGUCUGGGUAGUGUUGGCACCGUUGUUGGAACCGUUGUCAACACUGUCCAGGGAUCUAUCUCCCAGUAG